AAGAAACGAGAAAAGUGUAUUAUUGCCACACAACACACACAAACACUCGUUCGCUCGCUCGCUCACUCAAUACGCUCUCUCCCACACACACACACACACACACGACAUUCUCGCUCUCACUCACUCCAUCUAAUAGCAAGCUCCAAAGCUCGUGGAGACCGAUAUCUGUGUGUUUGUGUGUCUGAGUGUGUUGGAGACAACAUUUUGGCGCCAAAAUUUUGACAUUUCGUUUUGGGUUUCUUGUGCCAAACAAGUGUCGAAAGCAGAGACGUGAAAACUGCGUCGUACAGCCAAACAAAACAGAAAAGACGACCAAAACGAAAACGAGAUACAGUCUCACCCAGUUGCCCCCCUUCACCCACAAAUAAAGUUGCAAUCAUGGUUAGUGCAACUUGUGCACCAGUUCGCCAAUUGAAUCGCAUUAAACGCGAUCUUUUCGGUUCGGCUAAGACAAAUCAACUGCCAGAGAACAAAACACCCUUUGGUGCUGAACUUGAACGGCAUCAGGAGUUGGCCACCCAAAAAUGGGGUUUCGAUUUCCGUUCCGGUUGCCCAGUAGUGCCAGAGAAGACACAUUUCGUUUGGGAACGUGUCAGCUUUCAAGAGUCUAGCUUUGCUCCCGAAAUGUAUACCCUUACCCGUGCUGCUCAUGUCCGACCACGUGCAGAGGAUCCCUCCAGUGAUAUGGAUCUGCUGAUGAAUGAACGUGCCGAACGUGAGCAUUUUGGUAUCAAUUCGUCGAUGGAAUCACAAACGGACAAUGAUUCCUGCUAUGACUCACAGGAUGAGUCGCCGCUACGUUUGCCUACCAGCAAUUUAAGAAGUUCCCCAAGGAGGAGUUCGACUGGCCAACGCAAGAGGCAGUUAAAAAUCACAGAAUUCAUGAAGGAACGUAAACGUCUGAUUCAAGCGCCCAAAAAACUAACGCCUGCCAAACGCCUGCGUAGCAGUUCACCAACCUCCUCCACUUCCUCCACAGCAAUUAUGGCUGGCAUGCUGAAGCGUCCACGACACAAUUGAACAAAAUAUUGAAUUUCACCCAAACACAAAACAAAAAUCAGCAAUUUCUAUAAUCUUACUUAUACUUUUAUACACCCAUAUAUAUAUAUAACUAUAUAGUUUAUUUUCCAUUUUUUUUUGGUUAAACAUUUUUUUCACAAAUGCUGCUACAGAAAAGAUUUCAAUUUCAAAGUUCUCUACACACAUUUCUGUUUCUAAUGUGCAGUGCAAGGGCGAAAGUUGCGAAUAUUACUAUAUAAAUAUAUAGAAUAUAGAUAAAACUAACACUUAACCAGUCUAAUACAAAACGAACACCCCUUAUUAAGUUAGCUAAAUCUAAGUGAAAAAUCGAUAUAAAACUGAAAACUUUUUUCGAUUUCUCUAGUGAGAAAUGCCAUAUACUAAGUGAUUAGUUCUUAAAACACAAAACAAAAACCUUUAAAUCUUAAAAGAAAAGACCUUUCCGUGGAGUCAAAAUUUCAACUUUAGAACCAUGAAAUUAACUUUUAAACAAAAAACUAAAACGAAACCAUGAAUAACAUAAUUUUGUAAGUGAUAAAUUUUUGCAAAAACGUAAAAACUUUUUGAGAAAAUUUAUCUCAAGAAAAAAUGACAAUCUCAUUUGAGUUCUAAUUAGAGCUCUUGUGACUUUUGUUAAAAAUUUCGAAAAAAAACACAAAAAAGAAAGAAGGAAAAUCAUGAAGAUUAUUAGAUAUUUUAUUUUCAUGAUUUUGAUUUUCUUUGUAUUUAAACUUUAAAUGUAAGGAAUUUUUUUUCCUUAAUUAAUACGACCAGUGUGAAAAGCGAUUUGUUAAAAUUUAUUCAACUAAUUUCUGUACUUUUGGCCAUUAUUUUUAAACUGGCCAAAAUUACAUAAAAUUUGUUAAAUGCAUUUAAAUUUUUAUAAUUUGCUUUCGAACAAAAUGUUUUUUUGAGCACUUCUUUCUCUUUGAACUAUCAUGUACAAAAUCUUAGAAUUAAACAUAGGCUGAGCCUAUAUACAUAUAUAUAUCUAUACAUAUAUCCUAUUAUAGAUAUAUAUAUGCAUAAAAUUAGAAUUAAAAUUAGUUUAUUUAAGUAUUUAACUAAGAACAAAAUCCAAAGUAUUCUCUUCUAAUAUUUAUAUAUAUACACCCACAUAAAAAUUGUAUAAUACGCAAAUUAUACAAACCAACUCAAUGCACUUCAAUAAUAAAAAAAAACACAAAAAUAUACACAAAAAAAGGAAAAGAAAAAA